CUGUUCUUUUCAGAUAUAGAUUAUGAUGUUGACAGUCCAACAGAUACUCCUUACUAUGAUUUCGAUGUAAACGAUUGGUUGUUUGACCUCUUGGAUGAGUCCAGUGUUUGUGAUCCGAACCCUUGCUUUAAUGGGGGCUCCUGUCAAAGUAAAUCCAGAACAGAAUUCACAUGCUCAUGUCCUGAGCCUUACACUGGGAAAAGGUGCCAGAAAGUGAAAGAUAUUUGUGAUCGUGUCAGAUGUGGCAAUGGUGAAUGCAUGGUCAACCUAAAGAAACCCCCAUAUUACGAGUGCAAGUGCAGGCCUCCAUACAGAGGCCCUGACUGCAAAACAUUGCCAGCAUCAGCGUGCGAGCCCAACCCCUGCCAGAAUGGAGCUUCUUGCAUAAAAGGAAAACGGCGCUUUCACUGUGCCUGUAGUAAUGGAUAUACUGGGAAGUUCUGCGAAAUUAAUGAACUUGAUUGUUUUAUGGGAAAUGGAGAGUCAUACAGAGGUGCAGCCAGUGUCACUGAAAAAGGAGAGGAGUGUCUUGACUGGCAUUCUUAUUUCAUUGUACGUAAUGGGGAGGAUCCUUUUACCACAUACUCAGACUUUUCUGGCCUUGAACAAAACAACCACUGCAGGAAUCCAGAUGGGGAUGAGAAGCCCUGGUGUUUUAUAAAAAAGCGAGGCGCUCUGAAUUGGGGUUUCUGCAAAAUAAAGAAAUGCACCGAAGUAACAACUACAACACCCUUACCGGCCACACCAACAACGGGCUCCUCCCAGUUUUCACAGUGUGGAAAACUCCGUCCGUUUCGCAACAGCAGGAUUUUUGGUGGCACCAAAUCCGCCCCAGGUUCCCACCCCUGGCAAGUGUCUGUGCAGGUCAGACCCAAGCGGUCGUCCUCUGCGUUUGGACACGUCUGUGGUGGGAUCCUGCUCAACUCCUGCUGGGUGCUCACAGCAGCCCACUGCAUUGACAAUACUAAUGAAUUCCAGGUGGUGUUAGGAGGAGUGAAUAUAGAAAAACGUGAAGAAAUGGACCAGACCAUCCCAGUAAUAGAAACGAUUGUUCAUGAGAACUACAGGGAGACUCAAGCGGCACUUUACAACGACGUUGCUUUACUUAAACUCAAAGUCACAAACAGUCCCUACUGUGCCAGGGAAACUCCUUUUGUGAAGUCAGUGUGUCUCCCAGAACGGCCCUUCCCCUCUGGAAAGGAAUGUGUGAUCUCCGGAUGGGGAGCAACUGAGACCCAACGCUACAGCAGCCAGCUCUUGAAUGCUCGUGUUUUCCUGAUCUCUAAAGAGCGAUGCCAGACCCCUCAAGUCUACGGAAAUUUGUUGGACAACAGCAUGCUUUGUGCAGGGACCCUGCAGGGAGGCAUUGACUCCUGUCAGGUGUGUAUUUACUUGAAGAAGAAUCUCAGGGGAGAUUCAGGAGGUCCGCUGGUGUGUGAGGAGAAUGGCACCCACUACAUCACUGGUGUGGUGAGUUGGGGUGUUGGCUGUGGUGAGAAGAAAAAGCCCGGUGUCUACGCCAACGUCCACACCUUUCUCAACUGGAUCAAAAGCAAUAUCAACUAA